GUUCGUCAAAAUGGUUUCAAAGAUUCAUUUACUGAUUACAUUUCUGGCUAUUGUGCGAGGUGAAGUUGGUCCAACUGUUGGACGAAGAGCUCCUUAUGCCCCAGCUGGCUGGCAUCCGCGGGUCCCAUUCAACUUACCCAACGAGAAUGUACCUCGUCAGGGAGUGGAAAUCACCAAGGCUCGAGUUGACCAAAUCGAGCCAGUGGAUAAACCUCAACCGAACUAUCUGCCCCCGCAACAACUAGGAAUUCCCGAUGGAGAGAUUCUGCCCAGCUCCCGGCCGGCCAACCAGUACGGUCCCCCGGAUCCUAAAUUCAAAAUUAUCUAUCCUGACGAGGAAGAGCCAGCUACUCCAAGGGAUUCCGCAGACAAUCAGGAAGCGAAAAAAAGAGAAGGCCGCUACUUCGUCAUAUCGCAGGAUAACAAACUGCAGAGACUUACUUUCAGCUCUCAGCAGAACGGCGAUGGUGAGGACUUUACGGCUCAGUUGAGUUAUGCAACUGUGGGGCAGCUCAAGGAUCCAGUCUACCGAUACAACAGCCAGGGACAACUGGAGCGGGUCUUGAAGUAGACAUUUUGGAUUAGAAGUACAAAAUUUCUGAGACCGAUCGAAUUACUUUCAAGCAAUAGAUAUUUCGGGACUCGAUGAAAGAAUGCAAAUAA